GGAUAUUCUCACUUAUUGAAAUGGACUCAAUAGACGACGAAUCCUUGAAAGUAAUUAGCUCUUUGACGGAAAGACGCCAUCGACGCCAUACGGUGCAACAGGUCGACUCGCGUCCACACAAAACAGGCGGCGGUAUUGUUGCGUAGCGGGCUUGUUUUUCCAUAGAAAUGGCUUCGGAUUUUUCCCUACAUUUCGCGAAAUCCUCUUUUUUCCGAUCCGAUGAGAAACCGCAUCCUCCGAAAAUUGGCCGGCAGUAUGUGCAGUGAAGCCUCGUUUUUCGGUAAAUUGAGACAAUUCGCCGCUUUGAGUGGGUAUCGAUGAAUCCAGUUUGAAUUAUGCCGAUCGACCAAUCGACCAAUGACGAAUGGCGACAUGCAGUAGGAGAGAGUGAUAUCAUGGAUGACGGAUCUGACGAUAAAGACUCCAAAAGAAAAUCUAGAAAUUUGAGCGAGAAAAAAAGACGUGAUCAAUUCAAUACCUUGGUGAACGAACUAAACACUAUGGUGUCCCCUGGUAGAAAAAUGGACAAAUCUACUGUCCUCAAAACAGCCAUAGCUCUGUUGAAAAAGCACAAUGAUAUGACUAUGAAAUCUAAAGUGACUGAAAUCGAAGAAAAUUGGAAGCCGGCAUUCUUAACGAAUGAAGAAUUCAUUUACCUUCAGUUGGAAGCCAUAGAUGGUUUCAUAAUUAUGUUUUCAACGUCAGGGCAAAUUUUUUAUAUUUCCGAGAGUGUUAUCUCUCUUUUAGGAUAUUUACCUGAGAAAUUAAUCAAAAUGACAAUAUAUGAAAUAGCACACGAGGCAGAGAGGCCUAACUUGUAUAAUAUUUUAAUGAAUCCUCCUAAAGAAGAAGAGCAAGUUUCUUUUUCGUGCUAUAUCCGCAGAAGAGGAUCUGAUAGUAACCACACUUCUCACGAAUUAAUCAAUUUCAUUGGCAAUUUCCGUCCAGAGAGGAACAGAAUCACGAACGACAACGAAUACAAGGACUCAUCCUGCGAGAAUAACUCGAGGUUGAUUUUUAUGGGUACAGGCAGGAUACAGACCCCUCAACUCAUCAAAGAAACAGCCCUGGUCGAUUCUACCAAAGCAGAGUUCAUAUCAAGGCACAGCCUGGAGUGGAAGUUCUUGUUCCUAGACCAUAGGGCCCCACCCAUCAUUGGAUACCUACCUUUCGAGCUGUUGGGCACUUCUGGCUACGACUACUACCAUGUCGACGAUCUGGACGAGGUGCUCAAGUGCCACCAGCUGCUGAUGCAGAGGGGAGAGGGUACGUCCUGUUUUUACAGGUUCUUGACCAAGGGGCAACAGUGGAUUUGGCUGCAGACCAGAUUUUAUAUAACGUAUCACCAGUGGAAUUCCAAACCUGAAUUCAUUGUCUGUUCGCAUAGGGUUGUCAGUUAUUUGGACGUUAUGAGUUGCUAUACAGGAAAGGAUGAUGAGAUUCUGAAUGAGGAUAGUUCCCCGUCUAUGCCUUGGUACAAAUCUAGUAAAAGAAGUCCGCAGAAGGUGGCAGUCUCCGACUGUACAUCGAUGUCAGCAGAUUCUCCAGGAUCAAGGCAUUCUGUCAUCACCCAAAAUUCAGUGUCUGGAGAGAGCUUCGAUGGUUUUUAUGGUAAGACACGUCGUCCGCAAUCACGCAUACAAACUCCCCAACAAGUGCAAUUCAGCUACCAGGAACAACAGUUGAAUCAACAAGUUAUACAAAUUGCUUCAAAGCCUCAGCCCAUUCUGGAACCUAAACAUUACGUGGCAGCAAUUCCUGUAACUCCAGUCAUUGCCAGUUUUCCUGCUCCAACAGUUUUGACUAUUGGAGACAACGUUAUGAUGUCAGCCCCUGCACAAACCCAAAUACAGACAGACUUACAGAGAAAACACGCCGAAUUACAGGCUUCAAUCGAACAGAAACAAGCUGAGUUGAGACGUAUUUCCGAACAGCUUGUGAUGGCCAGGCUUGGCAUCCUUCCUAGUCAACCUGACCACCAGUCCAAUAGUGAGUGAAAAGUUGAGGAACCUUAGUGCUUCGAGUACAUUUUUGAGUGUAAGAUUCGUACCAGAGAUAAAGAUGUUAUUUAUUUUGAUUGUACAAAUAAAUUCUUGAAUUUCUUA